AUGAGCUGGGGAAAAAGCAGCCUUACGAGGCUGGCCCCGCGCAGCAGCAACCAAUUCGUCGCUGAAGCUGCUGCCCCUCGUCGCUUUUAUGCAGUCGCCUCGGGAGCGACACGAUUCCAAGUCUUCAAUCGACGGGCAAAAUGGCUGCAGAAAGAGCGCGCAGCUUCCAAUCUCGAAGAGAGCCGGAUAGCAGACUAUCUCAAGGAUGAGGCGGCUAUCCGGCUGACAGAGAGACUUCUUGAUAUAAGGCGACACUUCCCCCGAGCUCUCGACCUCGGCGCCAAUUCAUGCAAUGUUGCAAAAGCCCUCGUGCGCGAGAACCCCGACCCCGAUCCCGACGUCACCGAGUCACCACCUCUCUCGACCCGCAUCGGCGAACUCAUUGCGACUGAUUCUUCCGAGGCCAGGCUCUACAGAGACGCCGACCAGGAGUUCAACGACAAAAUCUCCUUGACACGCCAGGUAGUAGACGAUGAAGAAACAAUUCCCUUUGAGCCCGAGUCCUUUGACCUUGUUCUGAGCUCUCUAAGCCUGCACUGGAUCAACGACCUCCCCGGCGUACUAUCCCAGAUCAACAGCAUCCUCAAGCCAGACUGCCCUUUUAUCGGCGCAAUGCUUGGAGGCGACACGCUGUACGAGCUACGGACAUCCCUGCAGCUGGCAGAGCAGGAACGAAGAGGCGGCAUGUCCCCGCACGUCUCGCCGCUGGCUGAUGUGCGAGACGUUGGCGGCCUGCUUCAGAAAGCAGGCUUCAAGAUGCUGACGGUGGACGUUGACGACAUCAUUGUCGACUACCCCGAUACGUUUGCCCUGAUGCAGGACCUGCAGGCAAUGGGCGAGAGCAACGCCAUCCUGAACCGCGAGAUGGGCCCCAUCCAGAGAGACGUUCUGCUUGCCAACGAUGCCAUCUACCGGUCUUUGCACGGCAAUCCAGACGGAUCUAUUCCUGCAACGUUUAGAAUUAUAUACAUGAUUGGCUGGCGUGAGGGAGAGGACCAGCCGCAGCCCCUGGCUAGAGGAAGUGGCCAGACGAAUCUGAAGGAUAUUCUGGAAAAGAAAGAGUAG